ACGCGACGUACUCGAAAUUCGAGGGAAUUUAUUUAGCACAAAAACGACAAUAAUUAUUUACUUAAAGUAGUUAAUUUAAUUCAUUGAGGAUUUUAUUUAUUGUUGAAUUGACCAAGAUUAUUUAUUAUCAAAGUAAGAUACACAAAUACUCUGCGCUGAUAUUGUUAAAUAAAUUGUAAAUCAAGGUCAAUUCUGAUGAACGAUUUGUAUUUGUUAAACAAAUUUUGUUUGGUUAGUUAGUUUAGUUUUGAUUUUAUGUUGAUUUAAUAAAAACAAAUUUUUGUUUUGAUAAAAUAUUUGUGUUUGAUUAAGUUUAUUAGACGAGAAAAACCUGUUAAGAUGAGUUUCAACUACGUCAAUAGCCUUCCCCUCGGGGGACUUAUGGGUGCCUCGCCAUACUCGAAUGUCCAAAUUUUGGACGCCUUCACUCUUCAACAGCACCAGCAACACUUGCGACAGAAUCAUCUCUAUCAGCAGUACCAGCAAAGGUCAUAUCAUCGCUCAAAUAGUAAGGGCACACCCAACAGUUCUCAUCAUUAUCAGCAAACCCCAUCUUUGUCGAAGGACCAAUUACUGCAACCGUUGAUAAACUCGACCCCUCCUGUGAUCAAGUUUCGCCUGCCGGAUCGUGUCAUUCAGGAUGUUCUUUGCCGGUUCAUAAUGAAUAUACCAGAAGAGGAAAAGUUUGAUCCUGUCCGUGCAUUAUUUCAAGUUGAGCUGGCUCAUUGGUUUUUUAUUGACCAUUAUUGUACGGACGAAGGAGACCCAGCCCUGGCCAGUUUGGGACACAUUCCAUUCAACCAAUUUGCCUACAUAAUUUUUAAGGAGGCACCUCACCUUCGACAGUAUUACGAAAACGUGGACAAGUAUUUAGCCGACUUUCGUACCUAUCGAAGCCGUGUUCCAACUUACGGUGCUAUUUUAAUGAAUCAGGACUUGACACAGGUUGUCCUCGUGCAAGGAUUUCGAAAUCAGUGGGGCUUCCCAAAAGGAAAAGUGAAUGAAAAUGAGGAUCCUAUCGAAUGUGCUAUUCGUGAGGUGUUCGAAGAGACUGGAUACAAUAUGAGGCCUUUAAUAAAUCCUAAUCACUUUAUUGAAAGUAAAACUCAUGAUAGAAAUGAUAGACUUUAUCUAGUUCGUGGAGUUGACACCCAAUUCCCAUUUUUCCCUCAGACUCAAUACGAAAUCAAACAGAUUUCAUGGUUCAACAUUGACGAAAUUCCUGAACACAAGAAGGAUACAAACCCUAAAAUCUCAGGACAUGGUCAAGCGGUCUCUAAUUUUUUCACGAUCUAUACCUACGUGAAACGACUCAAGCAGUGGAUCGCAGAUAAAUUAGAAGGUCGAAACAGAAUCCAAUGUUUUCGAAGCAAAUACUUCAAUCAGAACCAGGAGGAGGAAGAAAAUUGCACUUUGGAGGAGACAUAUUCACUUCAAUCUGAAUACACAAUUAAUACUCCUUCUCAAUCUUACCACCUUACGUCAAACUUAUCUGGCGCAUUGUCAUCCGUGCCGGGUAAGAAUGGAGACGAGCUUAUCAGAGUGCUUGGAGGUAUGCGCAUCACAUCAUCUCAGGAUGACGGAGAUUCAUUUCAUAAAACUCCUGGAAAUAUUUCUAUUGGUUCCGGAAAAAAGAAAGGAGCCAACAUCAAGAAACGACUCUUUGAAGACAACAGCAUCAUUAGUCAAGAUUCUCAACAAGUUUCGUCGAAGGAUGCUGCAAAUUUCCUAAGUAUGGCGAUGGGUAUUCCAGUCACAAACAAUCACAACGGCAACAAUAGCUCUAAAUCGGUAUCGACCUCCUUAUCCAUUUCUCAAUCAUCUCCAUUUUUCGGAAAGUUGCCGUCUUCUGUUAAAACCUCUACUCCAAAUGUAGCGCAAGCGGCAUCAUCAUCAAUUCAAGCCUCACAAAUAAAAAACAAACACAAGCAUCACGAGUACAUAAACUCACCCUUGACUGCAAAAUCCUGGGAUAACUUCGAAUUUGACAAGGAUAAAUUAAUGAAAGCUUUACAAAUUGGUGAUCCGCCACCAUGAAAUUAUAGUAAUUUCAACAUCAAUGAGGAAUUUUAUGACUGACUGAAUUGACCCAACUCAACAUAAUGGAUUUAUAAUAUUUGACUGGAGUUUAGUUUGACUAGAUGAUGACAUUCAAUUAGGCUUGGAAUUGCACGUUUUUUACCUAUUUGAUUAAUUGCGGUAAUUAAUUAUAUUGCAGCAACGCAUCGAACGACGCACAAAAAGUCAGAUCGGCCGAAAUAUGUGUAUAACAAGUGAUAUGAAUUAGUUUCAUAUUUAGCGACUAAUUGUUUGUUACCAAAAUCGUUAAUGGAAUUAUUACUGAAAAGACACCAACAAUUAAGUCUGUUUAGGUUAUAGUAGAAAUUAGCUGAUUAGUUAUUAAUAGUUUAUUAGUGUAAUCGGUAUUAAUUCCGAUUUAAAUUGUAUUUUAGUAUGCAUACCUUGCCGAUUACUAGAUUUUUGCAAAAUUAAUUAUACAUUGUUGUGUCAUACAUAAGAAACGGUUCAUUUUCUUAGUAAAAGAAAAUAUUUUAUUCGUUUUUCAAAAAUCUAGAGUUUCCACAAUGAGUUUAUUAAUUAUGGUUAUUAAUACACGAAUACCUGGUAUUGUAUAACUUUCAAUAUUUAACUUUCAUUUAAAUAAAUAAAUACAUUUUUUCUGGAUUGUCCUAC